AUGGGGAUUUGGCUGCUCACCCAAAACAUUCGUGCAAUGUGGAAGGAGUGGGAGUUGCGGUUGCUCAUCCUCCUUAGCUUGUUCGUCCAGUUGACCCUCGCGAGUUUGGGUAGCAAGAGGAAAACCAGUUCCACGUACUGGGUCCAAUUUGUGGUCUGGACGACCUACCUAUUGGCCGACUCCAUCGCAAUCCUCACGCUCGGCGUCCUCUCGAACCGCCUGGCCAACAUCAAGGAAAUGAAGGGGACGUUGGAUCCAAAGAGCCAGAUUACAGCGUUCUGGGCGCCGUUUCUUCUCCUCCACUUGGGCGGGCCCGACACAAUCACCGCUUAUGCCCUGGCGGACAACGAGCUAUGGCUGAGGCAGUUGGCGCGGUUUUGCGUCAAGCUAGGACUAGCGUCUUACAUUUACUUCAUGGCCUUGUCGGGGUCUGCACUGUCCAUAUUGGCGCAGGGUAUGAUCCUGGUGGGGUUCAUCAAAUAUGCAGAGAGGACAUUGUGUAUGUACUUAGCGAGCAGCAGUCGACUUCGAGAUUUGUUGCAGCCGGUUCCCAAAAUAGGUCCCGUGUACUCUAGGAAAAUGGAGCAGUACGCUCUGAAGAAAGAGGAAGGUUACCGGGUCAGAACUGAAGAGGUCACAGAGAUUGAGGAUUUCUCAGUGUAUAUCGGUCAAGCCUACGAAGAAGAAAAAGCCAGGACUCUGGUCCAAGCCUAUGAGUUGUUCAAGAUCUUCAAGCUUCUCUUCAUGGGCCUGGUCCUCAACUCUGGCGACCUCAAGGCCAGUAAGCGCGUGUUCAUGGAUCCGGGCAUGAAUUCGAAGAAGGCUUUCGAGAUCGUGGAGAUCGAGCUUGGGUUCAUGUACGAUCUGCUUUACACCAAGGUGCCGCUGUUGAACCGUGCUUGGGGCAUCAUUCGGUGGAUCAUCAAUCUCUCGGUGCCGUGUACCGUGUUGGUAUUACUCGUCUUACAAGAUAGGAAGAGUUACGCUAAAGUUGACGUCCGUAUAACUUUCUUGCUUUUAAGUGUGACUAUACUUUUAGAGAUUUACUCGCUUCUUCAAGCAUUUUCAUCCGAUUGGGUCGACCGCUGGCUGCUUCAGAGACCCAGGGGAUCCACAAUUUCGUCUGCCGUCGGUUUUCUCCGGUUCUUGCCAAACCAAAGAUGGGAGCAUUCCGUGGCCCAGCUUAGCUUCUUGAGAUUAAUCAUUGGGAAGAGAAACAGGAUCUUCCAAAAGUGCGCAAGGCUCAAGUUAGACGAGAAGGUGGGGAAUAAUUUCAACAUCACUUACAGAGAGUUUAAGAUGAACAGCAAAGAAUGGAUCCUCAGUCACUUGAGGGAAUUGCCGGAAGAGAGGAGGUUGGUGACUCUCAAGGAGGAGGUGAGCCGACUACUGAAGGUGUCAAACCUCGGUCAUCUGACAUGGAGUGUGGAAGCGGUGGGGUUCGAGCAAAGCAUCAUCAUCUGGCAUAUCGCCACUGAGCUCUGUCACUAUGAGGACCGUGACAGGAUGAAGGACGAAAUGUCGGAAUACGUCACAGAAUUCAAGAUGAGUAAGUUGGUCUCUCGGUACAUGCUCUAUCUUUUAGUAUUCCAUCCUUCCAAGUUGCCAAUGGUGAUUGGAGAGAUUCGAUACCAAGACACUUUGGUCGACGCUCAGAAGUUCUUUGAGGACCGGAAAGAGGACACGAAAAAGGCACCCCCUUCGGGUCGUUGCGGCUGCAACAAAGCACACAAGUCAAGAGAGUCGCGCCAUCUGUGCAAAGUCUACCGUCUUCUUCUCCAAAUGAGAACUGACCUCCCCCCACAUAAGUUGCGUGCAGACAAAAGCACGUCAGUGCUGUUUGACGCGUUCCAUCUCGCAUGCCAGUUAAUGGAAGACGACAGGAAAUGGAACGCGAUCAGCAGGUUCUGGGCAAAGAUGCUGAUAUGCUCGGUUCGCGAAACCAAAGGGUACGAACACUGUGACAGCCUGAGCAAAGGAGGAGAGCUUCUCAGCCAUAUAUGGCUUCUCAUGGCACAUCUCGGCAUAGUGCAAACAGUCCACCCUCCCGGAGGAGACUGCAUUACCAAACUGAUCGUGAAGUAG